GCAUCACAUGGUUGCAGAAUGACUUCUUGAGCAGUCAUCUGUACGGCAGGACUUAAAAAUGCAGAACAUGGUCGGUGCUUUAUAGACAUGAAGAUUAGAUAAAGGCUUCUACACUAACAUUCAAGGAAGAGCCUUGUCCUAGUUUGGAGCACAUUCACAAACUUAUCUGCAAUUUCAACGGUCUGGUGCUGCUGUUUACCGCCAUCAUCAUGGUCCCUGAAAGGCCCCGGGGGGUUGGAAAGUGAGCCAGUGAAGAGGACUUUUUCCAUGACUCCCGCUGAAGUGCACGCUACUUAUCACAGGCUGUAGUUAAAGAGUGCCAAGCAUGGAGAAGGAAGAAGUCAGGGUUAACGGUGACGAACAGAGAAGAUCGGAAUGGGGUCACAUCACCCUCUUGGAUAAGACCAGGGAGUUCUUUCAGACCUGCGACAUGGAGGGAAAAGGCUUCAUUACCCGCACUGAUAUGAGGAGGCUCCACAGAGAGCUGCCUCUUUCUGCAGAGGAGCUUGAGGAUGUGUUUGAUUCCCUGGAUACAGACGGAGCUGGUUACCUCACGCUGGAGGCAUUUUCCUCCAGAUUCAGUCAGUUCCUGCACGGUCGCAGAAUCUCUGUCAGUGAUGACCAGACUCAGGGCCCAGGGCCUGUCUUUAAGGCCAAGGAGGCUCUGUAUCAGAGUCAUUGGGAGGCCAAGCUGUCAGGGGUAGAGGAUGAAGAGGAGAGGCACUUCUGUAUGUUGCUGGAAAGUCUUGGAGCUAGUAAUGUGUUUGAGGAUCCAGGUGAGGUGCGCAGCCUUUGGGCUCAGCUAAGGCGAGACGAGCCUCACCUUCUGUCCAACUUUGAAGAAUUUCUGGCCAGGGUAACAUACCAAAUUAAAGAGGCACACGAGGAGAAGAAGGAGAUGGAAAGUGCCCUUCAGAGGAAAUCAGCAAAGCAUGACAGCGAGAUCCGGCGCUUGUAUGAAGAGAUGGAGGCACAGAUCAAAAAUGAGCAAGACAGACUACUGCUUCAGGACUCAGAGCGCCUUCAGGUGCACAGCCAGGAGCUGGAGUAUCAGCUGUUGUCCAAGGAGAAAGAGCUGGAACAUCUCUUCCAGAAACAGAAACGGUUAGAGAUCCAGUGCCAUGAGCUGAACAGCGAGAGGCAGGAGAGCCACGUGCAGAAUGUCAAGCUGAAAAUGACCAAUGAGGAGUUGUCCAGAGCAUUGGAGAGCACCAGCCAGGAGCUCUCUCUGGCCCAGGAGCAGCUGGCUAUGCUGCAGAAGCAGGCCGCCAGGCUGCAGCAGGAGAAAGAGAUAGAAAUGUAUAGAAUAACUGAAGGCCUUCAGAGGGAGAAACAAUGCCUCAUGAGGCAGCUUGACCUUCUCAGAGAGAUGAACAAACAUCUGAAGGAUGAGCGAGACAUAUGCUGCGGUGUACUGCCCCCCUCACUCAGAAAGAAGAAGGCUAACCCUGCUGACUUAUUUGACCAAACAAGUCAACAGGCAAGUGAAGAUGAUGCCUCUACCUCCACCACUGCCAGCAUUACUGCAUGUCAGCAGCGACCUGAAACCUUAGCCAAUGGAAAUGUCGGCUUAGCGCAACCCAAAGAACAAGAUGUGAAACCAAAGUCCAGAAGGGCUUCUGCAAAAAACUCUGCUUUCAAGAAGGUGUUGGUAAACACCAGAGAGGGUGCAAACAAAGGGGAGUGUGAGAGGAAGACGGGGGAAGAUGAGGAGUUGCUUGAUGCGCCCCUGGAUGGGUGGCCCCUUCGCCGAGUAAUCUCGAUUGAGGAAGACCACCUACCACACCUUCUACAAGGUGGACCCCAACCAUUACUGCACCAACUAAAUGAGGAAGAUCGGGAUGACAUAGAGGCACAAAGUGACACUGAAUUUAGCAUUGCCCCUCCCUUAGGACACAACACUGUUUUCACUGAAGCUCCUCUUAAAGAAAAAUCCCUCUUAAAGCAAAAACAGACACAAGUGUCUCCAAGAGGCCAGCCUGUCGGGAAGGAAACCCAAUCAAAAACAAAAGAAAGAGCAUUUUUUUCCCCCGACCGCCUGUUUAAGGUUGUCCUGGUCGGAAACUCCUGUGUGGGAAAAACGUCCUUGCUGCGCUCCUUCUGUGAGGGCCGUUUCCAACCGUCCACAACUGCUACUGUGGGCAUUGACUACAGUGUGAAGACAUUAACCAUGGACAACAUGCAAAUAGCAAUGCAGCUGUGGGAUACUGCAGGUCAAGAAAGGUACCGCAGCAUGACCAAGCAGUUCUUUCGCAAGGCUGAUGGCGUGGUGUUGAUGUACGACGUCACAGAGCAGGAGACCUUUAAAGCUGUCAAACCCUGGCUGCUUAAUGUCCAGGAAGUAGCAGGUGAGGGGAUACCUAUUCUCCUUCUUGGCAACAAAAUGGAUAUGGCAAGAGAGAGAGAAGUGCCCUUUAAAGAUGCUGAGCAAUUAGCUUUGGACAACAAUGUGAUAUUCUAUGAGGUCAGUGCCUAUACUGGCAAAAAUGUGAUAGAGUCCCUGACUUACCUGGCCAGGAUUUUAAUGGAGCAGGAGGACACGGUAAGAGAGACAACAGUCAGCCUCAGCGCUCAGCCCAUUAAGAAGAAAGCCUGCUGCAAGUGAAGACACCCAGCUUUGCAAAAACAAGGAAAGACUGAAUUUCUGACAACCGCAAUAUACCGAGUCCUACAUCAGUUUCUGACAGAUGCACAAAAGCAAAAACAGAAAAGUAAUGCAGAAUGUUGAAGUGCUGUAGAAACCCCAUUUAAAUGAAGUUUCUUAAAAAAAAAAAAAAAGAUUUUAUUUCAGUAAAAAAUUUAUAAAAAAUAGGUGAGAAGCACUUAAUCCUUUGGGAAAAAAAGAAAACGGUGAAUUUCUUCAGCUUAAAGGGUCUUACCUAUGGUAAG